UCACUCAGUCGUGCGGCAAACGCAAAGCUGAAAAGUAUUCUAGUUAUAUAGAUCUCACGUUCAGCGUCUUAUACGCCGUAGAAGAGAACUCAGAUCGAAAUCAGCUGUUCGAAGGCUUAAGAAUACCUAUAUAGAGAAAGAGAUAGAGCGCGGAUUAAAAUGCUAAACAGGUUCAUUGGUUUAUCGGCUGCGAUCGUGGGUCGCAGCAGUCGCAUCAGCGGCUUUCCGUCCUCGUCGCUGUUUAAAGCUGGGAAUCAGAAUCAAAACCGCACCAUGUCCACUGGCAAGGCUUUCAAGGUCCUGGUGACACACCCCGAAGUUCCCCAGGAGGGCAUUGACCUGCUGAAGCAGAACUGCGAAGUUACCCAGGUGCAGAGUGUGCCCAUCAACAGGGCUGAGCUUUUGGAGAAAAUCAAAGGAGUGGAUGGAGUUCUCUGGGGUGGACACGAGCCCCUCAACGCCGAGGCCCUCGAUGCCGCCGGUCCCCAGCUGAAGUCCAUCUCCACCAUGUCGGCGGGCAUCGACUACGUGGACGUGCCGGAGGUGAAGAGGAGGAAGAUCCCGCUGGGACACACUCCCACCGUCCUCAACACCGCCGUGGCCGAUUUGGCAGUGGGUCUCCUGAUCGCCGCCAGUCGCCGCUUCCACGAGGGACGCAAGAAGAUCGACAAUGACCAAUGGGAGAACUACCACCUCAACUGGCUGCUGGGCCAGGACAUCCGUGACUCCACCGUGGGAUUCUAUGGCUUUGGAGGAAUUGGCCAGGCUAUUGCCAAGCGUCUGUCCGGCUUCGACAUUGACAAGGUGCUGUACACCACCCGCCGUCGUGUGCACAAGGAGAUCGAGGAGGAGUUCAAUGCCAAGAAGGUCGAUUUCGAUACCCUUCUGGCCGACAGUGACUUCAUUGUCAUCGCCUCGCCCCUGACCAAGGACACCCAGGGUGUGUUCAAUGCCACCGCCUUCAACAAGAUGAAGGAGACCGCUGUUCUGAUCAAUAUUGCCAGGGGCAAAAUUGUCAACCAAGAUGACCUCUAUGAGGCUCUCAAGUCGAACCGAAUCUUUUCCGCCGGUCUGGACGUCACGGAUCCGGAACCUCUGUCGCCCAAGGACAAGUUGUUGACGCUCGACAAUGCCGUUAUCCUGCCCCAUAUUGGAUCUGCCACAAAGCGCACCCGUGCCGAUAUGUCCACCAUUGCCGCCCACAAUGUUCUGCGAGGAUUGGCUGGGGAGCCCAUGUUGUCGCCCGCCUACUUUUUCCCGAAUAUGUCUCGAGCCGCCAGUGCCUUCAAAGUGCUCGUUUCGCAUCCAAAUGUCCCAGUGCCGGCCUUGGAGCUCCUUCGAUCCCGCGGAGCGGAAACCAUCAUCUGCCAGAGUGUGCCGCCCUCAAGGGAGGAGAUCCUAGAGAAAGUGCCCGGCGUGGAUGCCAUCUAUUGGGCCCACUAUCAGCCCCUGAAUGCCGGAAUCUUGGAUGCUGCCGGAUCGCAGCUCCGUUGCGUGAGCACCAUGUCCUCGGGAAUCGAUUUUGUGGAUAUCCCCGAGUUCCAAAAGCGUCAAAUCCCAUUGGGACAUACUCCCGGAGUGGUGAAAAACUCGGUGGCCGAUCUGGCUAUUGGUUUGAUGAUUGCAGCUGGUCGGCAUUUUCACGCCGGACGCACCGAAAUUGAGAGGUCACAAUGGAAAAUCGAGCAGAUCAAUUGGAUGAUGGGUCAGGAAAUUCGCGACUCUGUCAUUGGUUUCUUUGGUUUUGGUGGUAUCAGCCAGGCAAUCGCAAAGCGUUUGCAAUGCUGGGAUGUGGCCAAGAUAAUUUACCACACUCGCAACCGAAAGGAAAACGACGGGGACUUCAAGGCAGAGCACGUAUCAUUUGAGAACCUUUUAAAGGAGAGUGAUUUUCUGGUGGUAGCUGCUCCACUCACAAACGAAACUAGGGACAAGUUCAAUGCACUGGCCUUCCAGCAGAUGAAAAAGAGUUCGGUGUUUGUUAACGUAGCCAGAGGGGGUCUUGUAAAUCAACCUGAUCUACAUGAUGCUUUGACAACUGGCAAGAUUUUUGCAGCUGGCUUAGAUGUCACCACACCAGAACCUCUGCCCGCCGAUAAUCCUCUUCUUAAGCUGCCCAAUUGCGUUAUCCUUCCCCACAUGGGCACUCAGACCAUGAAGACAACCAUUGAGAUGAGUUUGCUAGCUGCCAAUAAUAUCCUAAAUGCCAUAGAGGGUAAGCCUAUGAUCCGGCCUGCCUACUAAGGAAAAGUUCAAGAU